AUGAAAGAAAAGGAAGACAACGACUUGCAAACGUCUACAGUGUUAGAUGAAUUAGCAGAUACUGAAGCGGAUAAUGAAAGCACAAAAACCUUAAGUUUUUUUAAACUGUAUCGCUUCUCGACGAUAUUAGAGAACUUCUUUUUAUUUAUUGGCUUUAUGAUGUCUAUAAUAAAAGCGCUUACAUUACCAGGUGUCGUGAUAGUGUAUAGUGAAUUCACUUCAAUGCUUGUGGAUCGCACAUUGCAAAUUGGUACCACUUCCAAAACAUAUGCGUUACCAAUAUUUGGCGGCGGUAAAAUGCUUACAAAUGCAACCUUAGAGGAAAAUAUGUCGGAGUUGUAUAACGACUCAAUAUCAUAUGGAAUUCUUUUAACAAUACUAUCCGUAGUCAUGUUCAUAUCUGGUGUUUUAUCAGUUGAUAUUUUUAAUCUCGUCGCAUUGAAACAAAUCACGCGCAUGCGCAAAAUACUAUUUGAAACAGUUAUACGACAAGAUAUUACAUGGCAUGAUAUGGCGACCAAGCAAAAUUUUACACAACAAUUGAUAGAUGAUGUAGAGAAAGUCAGGGACGGCAUAUCUGAGAAAGUAGCUCAUUUUUUGUACCUUAUAUUUGGAUUUAUUAUAACAGUAUGCAUAUCAUUUGCUUAUGGUUGGAAACUAACAUUGGCAGUUAGUGUAUAUAUACCAAUUGUAAUUGUGUUGAAUUACUUUGUUGGAAUGUACCAAAGUAAGCUGACUAAAAGAGAACAGGAAUCGUAUGCGGGAGCUGGUAAUAUUGUUGAGGAAGUCCUUACUUCAAUUCGUACCGUAGUUGCAUUUGGAGCUGAAAAAAAGGAAGCCGAACGUUAUGAUAACUAUCUUGUGCCUGCACGAAAAGCUAGUCAGAGCAAAGGUGCAUUUUCAGGAUUCAGCGAUGGAGUCUUAAAAUCGAUGCUCUUUUUCUCUUGCGCCGGAGCAUUUUGGUAUGGCGUAAACUUAAUUAUAGAUAAUAGAAAUUUGGAAGACAAGGAAUAUACUCCCGCAAUUUUAAUGAUAGCAUUUUUCGGAAUAAUCGUUGGCGCCGACAAUAUCGCACGUACUGCACCAUUUCUAGAAUCUUUUUCUACAGCUCGUGGCUCCGCCACUAAUAUUUUCAAAGUGAUCGAUUCUAAAUCCAAAAUUGAUCCAUUAUCCAGCGACGGAAAAAUAUUAAACUAUGGAUUGCGAGGAGAAAUUGAAUUUAAAGAUGUAUUCUUUCGCUAUCCAUCUCGUUCUGAUGUAAUUGUUCAUCGUGGUGUUAAUUUCAAAGUGCAUGCUGGCCAAACUAUUGCACUCGUGGGAGCAUCCGGUUGCGGCAAAUCAACUUGCAUACAAUUGUUGCAACGUUUCUACGAUCCAAUUUUCGGUUCAAUAACGUUAGAUGGUUUGGACAUUAGAAAAUAUAAUAUACAUUGGCUGAGAUCGAAUAUGGCGGUGGUUGGUCAAGAGCCAGUCUUAUUUCAGGGAACUAUUGCGGAUAACAUUAGUUAUGGCAAAAAGAACGCAACUCAAAGGGAAAUAGAAGCUUCUGCUAAAGCGGCCGGCGUACAUGAUUUUAUAUGCAGUUUGCCUGAGAGUUACCUCACUGUUAUUGGGGAAAAAGGAUCACAACUUUCCGGUGGCCAAAAGCAACGCAUAGCUAUUGCCAGGGCACUAAUACAGGAUCCUAAAAUUUUACUGUUGGACGAAGCAACUUCUGCUUUAGAUUAUCACUCCGAAAAAGAUAUCCAACAAGCACUGGAUUUGGUAAGCAAAGGACGUACAACUAUUGUGGUGUCACAUCGAUUGUCAGCUAUUCGGGGAGCAGAUAAAAUAGUUUUCCUACAUGAGGGCAAAGUUUUCGAAGAGGGAUCACACGAUGAUCUCAUGACUUUGAAGGGAAUGUAUUAUAAUAUGGUACGCGCAGGGGAUAUUAACGUAGCGGAAACCACUGAAGAAAAUGUCAUCGAAGAUAAAAAAAUCAAUUUGAACUCACUGGAAAAAUCUUUUGAAACCGAUUUAAUUAACAUGGAAAAAAAUUACAUAUCAUAUGAACAGCCAGUUGUGCAUACGAAGAACAAAGAAAAUGCGCCAAAGGAAGAUGAUACUGGGGGAAAUUUCAUCGUAACAUUUAGGCGCAUAUUAAAAUUAGCGCGUCCUGAAUGGUGUAUGCUAUUGUUGGGUGCGGUAUGUGCCAUAGCGUUCGGCUUCACUUAUCCAGCAUUUUCGGUCAUUUUUGGAGAAUUUUACGCCGCUUUAGCUCAACCCGAUGCAGAAGAGGCAUUACAUCGUACUUCAGUUCUCUCAAUCUAUUGCCUAAUAUUGGCUGUAUUAACAGGCGUAGGCGCUUUUCUACAAACAUAUCUAUUCAACUAUGCAGGUGUAUGGUUAACUACACGAAUGCGUUCAAUGACAUUCUCGGCAAUAAUGCAUCAAGAGAUUGGCUGGUUUGAUGAAGAGACUAACUCGGUAGGUGCACUGUCGGCAAGAUUAACGGGAGAUGCUUCGGGUGUACAAGGUGCCAUUGGCUAUCCAUUGAGUGGUUUGCUGCAGGCAUUUUCUAACUUUGUUGUUGCAUUCACCUUGUCACUUUAUUAUUCAUGGAACUUGGCUUUGGUGUGCGUGUGCGCUUGCCCAGUUAUAGUUGGCUCAAUUAUUUUUGAAACAAAGUUCAUGAGCGCUUCCUUGGUUCAUGAAAAAACAGCGUUGGAGGAAGCAUCGCGCAUCGCAACGGAAGCCAUUACAAACAUUAGAACAAUUGCUGGUUUGCGUCGCGAAGCACAAACUAUCGAAAUAUAUAACUUAGAGAUAGAUAAAGUUCAAGCAUUGAUAAGGCAAAAACUAAAAUAUCGGGGAUUGAUCAACGCAUCGGGACAAGCAUUUAUAUUUUUUGCAUAUGCAGCGGCCCUGUGCUAUGGAGGAGUGAUUGUGUCUCAAGGAAAACUUCCAUUUCAGGACAUUAUUAAAGUAUCGGAAACGCUAUUAUACGGUUCUAUGAUGCUAGCACAAUCUUUAGCUUUUGCACCCGCUUUUACAGCGGCUCUCGUUGCGGCACAUCGACUAUUCCAGAUAUUGGAUCGAGCACCAAAAAUCGUAUCACCGUCUAGGCGAGAUAACAUCGCUACAGAAAAAGGAUUGACCUUGUUUGAAGGAGUAAGAUUUUCCAAUAUAGAAUUCAGAUAUCCAACACGUACGGAUGUAAAAAUUUUAAAUGGAUUAAAUUUGGAAGUAGCUAAAGGAAAAACUGUUGCAUUAGUAGGACGUUCUGGUUGUGGAAAAUCGACUUGUAUACAGCUGUUAAUGCGUUUGUAUGAUCCAGAUAGUGGCACCAUUAAACUAAACGACGACGAUAUUCAUAAAGAGAUCCCAUUAGAAGACUUGAGAAGAAAACUGGGACUGGUCUCGCAGGAGCCAUCACUAUUCGAGUGUACAAUUGCUGAAAACAUAGCGUACGGAGAUAAUUCGCGUAAAGUGACUAUGGAUGAAAUCAUAGCCGCAGCGAAAUGUGCAAAUGCACAUUCUUUUAUAGUAACUUUGCCCAAUGGAUAUGACACACGUCUGGGUGCACGUGGAACUCAAUUAUCUGGUGGUCAGAAGCAACGCAUCGCUAUAGCUCGAGCCUUGGUACGCAAUCCAAAAAUUCUCCUAUUAGACGAAGCAACAUCUGCUUUAGAUUUGCAGAGUGAACAGCUAGUGCAGCAGGCGCUAGAUGUCGCUUGUACUGGCCGCACGUGUAUAGUGAUAGCGCAUCGUUUGUCAACCGUUCAAAAUGCUGAUGUAAUUUGCGUUUUAAAAAAUGGCAAAAUAGUUGAAAUUGGCAAUCAUCAACAACUUAUUGCGCUCAAUGGGAUCUAUGCAAAACUUCAUAAAAUGCAAAGUCAUGAGAAAUAAGUCUCUUAAUGUUAAACCGAAAUGCGUAUUCAUUUUAUGUACUAUGUAGCUUUUAAGAGCAAAGUAAUCACUUUGUUGGCACAAAUGGCACUUUGUGUAUGAAUAUAUGUAGUUAUAUUCAUAAGAAAAAUAAAUAACAACUAACAAUCAAAAGCAUACAGUUUGCUCUUUUUACAAGUGGAC